AUGGAUCCAAAUUAUCAUCCUGCUGAAUCCUCUAGUUACGUAGGACUGCUUCACAGUCAAGAUGUUAGUGCUUUCAAUGAAAACUUUCCUUAUGAAAGUUUUCAUUCUAGUGUUAACUUUGGAGAUUCCGAACCUAUCCCGGCUUUCAGUUCUCAACAAACUCAAGACGCACCUCCAGAGACACCAGUGGCCCGUGCUGUGAGACGCAAAUGGAACCCAAUAGAUGACGAGGUGCUGAUAAGUGGCUGGCUUAACACUUCUAAGGAUCCUAUAGUUUCAAAUGACCAUAAGGCGGGUUCCUUUUGGAACCGAGUUGCUGCUUAUUAUGCAUCAAGUCCACACGGAAGAGAGGAUGGUGUGAGAGAGUGGGUUCAUUGCAAGAAGAGGUGGCACAGAAUCAAUGAUGAGAUAAACAAGUUCUGUGGCGCAUACGCGGCAGCAGAGAGACAACAGAGGAGUGGUGAGAGUGACACUGACGUUCUGAAGAAGGCGCAUGACAUUUUCUACUCUGAUCAUGGACACAAGUUCACCCUUGAACACGCGUGGUGUAUGCUCAAGUAUGAACAGAAGUGGAUGAGUCUUAACACACCUAAACCAGUUUCGAAGAGGAAGAACACUGAGACAAGUACCCAAUCUUCUACCACUGAAGGUUUCGUUGUAUUCUUGACUUUGUAA